AUGACGCAGUCCAAGUCGAUGAAGCGAAAGCGAAAUGCUCAAGUAAAAGUUUCUCAAAAGCACAUCAAAAUCACAAACACAGCAUCAGCGGUCGCUUCAUUGCCUGAUGACGAGCCAUUUGAGAUCAAACGCCUCCAGACGGUCAUUUCAGAUGAGGAACUAGACAUUACUAUCGACACCCUUACGACUUUGGCACAAUACCCUAGCUUGACAAAAUCUAAGCUUUGCAGAAGCCUUCGAACCGCUGUCUACGAUUUUCGCCAAUCAUGCACGACCGGCGUCAAUGCUACCACGGAUAAUGCAAACCUCACGGCACGGGUCUCUGCUGCACUAGCUGAUGAAAAAUACCUUGAGGCGAGGAUUUUGCUGGCUGAAAUGCGACUGAGAGGCGAAGAUCCUAAAUUAGGUGCCUUGUGUCGUUGGGUGCGAGACCUUGAUGUUGUAACGCAGCCUAAGGGUAUCAGUAUCGACAACCCUCGGCGCUCUGCAAAGGAUGAUGAACUUCUCAGCGUACUCGAUGCUGUACUGCGUGUUAGCUGCCCGAUUGAUGACAACACCAGUGUCACAAAGCCCCAGCCGGGGUCUUUAUCCCAUAUCUCCUUUCAGGCCACAUGGGAUGUCCGGCCGCCUAUCAAGCCACAGCAAGUCUAUGAAUCAGUUUUGGAUAAAUCAAUUUUCGCCUCGGCCCCGAACUCAGUUGCUUCUUCUCUCCGCAUCAUCGAAACAACACCUGGCCAUCUCCGCAACCCCCCAAAUCAUCACCCAGCCAUCCUUUAUACUUCUCAGCCGGAUACCGUCCUGUUAUCAUCAGACAGCCCCCGAAUAAUACAUCACAGGCAUCCCCAUGUGCCAAAUCUCAGUCUUGCCGCAAACGUUCUUUCACCUGAGGAGUGUAAGGCUAUUAUUGCUGUUGGCGAAACAGUUGGCUUUCUUCCUGACACUCCCGUUCGUGAGGGUGGGGAUACAAGUGUUUUGGCACACAAUUUUUAUUGGAUCACCGAUACCGCGUUUCAUGAUAAGCUUUGGUCGCGUAUUUCUCCAUUUGUGCCAGCCUCAGUCAACGGUCGCCUAUCUCGUGGCCUCAAUCGGCGUUUCCGUGUGUACCGGUAUGUUCCGGGUGCCGAAUAUAGAUGUCAUAUUGAUGGAGCCUGGCCACCAUCUGGCAUCCGGGCUGAUGAUGCGUAUGUAUACGACGAUUCACCCUUCGCAAAGAAACAAAGCUCAUUGUUUACCUUCUUACUGUAUCUGAACGACGAAUUUGAAGGUGGAGAAACAACAUUUUUUAUUCCAGCGCCUCUUGAGGGAACACUCAAUGCUUACCGCGUGCGGCCAGUCAUGGGUGGUGUCGCCAUCUUUCCCCAUGGUGAAACGCGGGGAGCGUUGUUGCAUGAAGGUUCGAGUGUCACAAAAGGCGCCAAAUAUAUAAUAAGGACGGACAUUGAGUACGACAUUGAUCCAUGA